UUAAGUAGGCACAGGGCUGGGUUUUGUCUCCCCCUCUCUCAUUCACUUGCGCACACAAGUGUGCUUCUUCUCUUUCUCUCUCAGAAUGAUGGCUCUGGGUAGAGCUUUCGCUAUGGUUUUCUGCUUAAUUCAAGCUGUUUCUGGAGAAAGUGGCAAUGCACAGGAUGGAGAUCUAGAAGAUGCAGAACCAGAAGAUCACUCCUUCUGGUGCCACAGCCAGUUAGAAGUGGAUGAAAGUCAGCAUUCACUGACUUGUGCUUUUAAUGACUCAGACAUCAACACCACUAAUCUGGAAUUUCAAAUAUGUGGAGCUCUUUUAAAUGUGAAUUGCCUAACUCUUGAUAAACUGCAAGAGAUAUAUUUUAUAAACACAACAGAAUUCUUACUGAUUGGUAACAGCAUUAUAUGUGUGAAGCUUGGACAAAAGAAUAUAACUUGCAAAGAUGUGGAUAUAACCACAAUAGUUAAAGCUGAGGCUCCUUUUAACCUUGAAGUUGUUUAUCGAAAAGAAGCAAAUGACUUUUUGGUGACAUUUAAUACAUCUCACUCGGAAAAGAAAUAUUUAAAAACAUUAAAGCAUGAAGUGGCCUACCGCCCAGAAAGGGGUGAAAGUAACUGGACGCAUGUAUAUUUAUUCCAUACAAGAACAACAAUCCUACAGAGAAAACUACUACCAAAAGCUGUGUAUGAAAUCAAAGUCCGAUCCAUUCCCCAUCACAAUUACUUCAAAGGCUUCUGGAGUGAGUGGAGUCCAAGUUCUACCUUUGAAACUCCAGAACCCAAGAAUCAAGAGGGAUGGGAUCCUGUUUUGCCAAGUGUCAUCAUUCUGAGUUUGUUCUCUAUGGUUUUGUUGGUCAUAUUAGCUCAUGUGCUAUGGGAAAAAAGGAUUAAACCUGUCAUAUGGCCUAGUCUCCCUGAUCAUAAGAAAACUCUGGAACAACUAUGUAAGAAACCAAAAAAGAAUCUGAAUGUGAGUUUCAAUCCUGAAAGUUUCCUGGACUGCCAGAUUCAUGAGGUGAAUGGCAUUCAAGCCAGAGACGAAGUGGAAAGUUUUCUGCAAAAUGAUCUUCCUCCACAGCCGGAGGAGCUGGAGAAGCAGGGGCACACAGCAGCUGUACACAGUGCAAACCGGCCAUCUGAGCUUUCAGUCAGCCCACCAGACACAUUCAAAAGAGGGUCACCCGUAAGAUGCAUGGCUAGAAAUCUGAGUACAUGCAAUACCCCUCCGUCUCUUUCCUCUAGGUCCCCUGACUACAGAGAUGGUGACAGAAAUCGGCCUCAUGUAUAUGAAGACUUGCUGACAAGCUCUGGAAACACAAAUGGCCCUGUUCCUCGACCAUUUCCUCUCCAGUUGGGAAUUCUGAUACCAGUUCCUCAGAGACAACCCAUCUCUGCUUCCUCAGUACUGAGUCAGGAAGAAGCAUAUGUCACUAUGUCUAGUUUUUACCAAAACAAAUGAAUUACAAGAAAACCUUCCACCAAAUGAUCACUGAGAUGGAAAGUCUCGAAUGCUCGCUCUCCCCCGUAGCUCACAGAAGAGAAAGUCAACAUGACCUUGCUACAUCUUCAGCAUUCUAAGAAAUCAUUUUGGUCUCCUAGCUCAGAAACAUUUACUCAAAGCAAGAAGGAUCUGUUUCCCCUUUGUUGGAUUAGUCAGAAGAGUCCAGAUGACCCAAUUAAAACUGCAAAACUCAGUUAAGUGAAGAAUAAAAGGAAAGAUAGAAGGAUGUGAUGAAUGCAGGAAGAAGAAAGGAAGGACGCGAGUGGUGGGUCUAUCAUUAGGAUUUACUAUAUAUCCAGCACUACACAACUGCUCUCAUUUCAUUCUCAUGGUAAUACUACAAUGUGGGCUCAUCCAUUAUAAUUGUUAUUUUCUUUGUCAUUGAUGUGGAAGUUGAAAGUAGAGAUUUUAAGUAAUGUCUAAGUUUUUCUUUCAGCCACAGAUGAGGCACGCAUUUCAAACUCAACCCUCCUUUGCAGUGAACCUGUCCUAUUGUUGAGUGUCAAACAUCACCACUAAGUGGAUGCUUAAGUAGUCCAUUAUCCAAACUAAGUUGUUUUGGAAAGAGAAAGUUAGACAUAAUUAACAGCAAGCAUAAACUGGAUCUGGCUCAGAGAGAUGUGGAGGCAUACUUAAAGUGGCUAUGGGGAUGAACAUGGAGGACAAAAUAUGCUUAUGGGUGUGAAAUACCAUGGCCAUGUGUGGAAGGAAGUGGGAGAAAAGAAAAAGGCACCAAGCUCAUUUGAUUUGGUUCUCUUGUCUUGUUUGAAAACAAACUCAAGAAGCAGUAAGUUAGAAGCCAAGAAGUUCCAAAGUUAGUUAUCAAGACCUUGAUCUUCAUGCUGCUAUUAUCCACUGGCUUCUAUGUGAGAUCGUAGGAGGAGCUAUGGCCAACCUACUACAGUUCAACAUUUAACAGUGAGUGGUGGGAUAGUCCUCCUAUGUGUGGAGACACCAUUACAAAUUACCCCAAAUUCUACAGUCUUGGAUACUGCCUGAAGUACAGGUAGAAGGGGCUGCAUACAUCUUAGUGAGUACGCCAGCUGAAACAAUGUUCACAGAAACACAAAGAAGAUGGGUAAGUUACUCAAACUCAAAUGUUGAUUCAUGACUGCAAGCCACAAUUUUGAAUCCCUGUUGUGUAUGGCCAAUCUCCUGAAGAAAACAACAAAUAACUGAAAGACACUGUGGUUUGGUGCCUUAGCAUUAAAAUUCUGUUUCAGUGUUGACAUUGGUUGUUUGAAUUGUUGUGUCUGUCCAGUCAUGUAUUAUAUCCAUGCAUUAUAUUCAGAUAACCACAACUGCUGCUAAUGCUUGAUUAUAUAAUCAGGGGCUGCAUGCAAUGUAACAUUACUGAUUGGUUCUGCCAAUUUUCCUCGGUAUUUAUAAAGAAAAAAAACAAAACCCUUAGUCAGAGAAAUAUGCAAAACAGAGAUGUCAAGUACUAUGUCCAAGUAAUGUGAAAUAAAAUGAAAAUAGGUAACGAAUUUAUCAAUCAGCUAUGUCUGGAUACCAGGAAUCUCUAGUUAUUCAAUUUAUUUUCUGUAAGCCUUUGCCUCUCUCUUUAUCCAGGCUUCCAUGGGAAUUUUUGCCUUCAAAUACAAGUAUGGGGUAUUUUCUGGAAUUGA